AUGUUGAGCUGGGUGGUCAAAGUCGUUCCCCAGCCGCCUGAGCCUCCACCCAAAACAGCUGAAGAGAAGAAGGAGGAGAAACCAGCCGCUGCCCCGCCUCCUGCAGCUGCCCCGCCCCCAGCUGCUGCCCCGCCUCCUGCAGCUGCCCCAGCCCCUGUUCCUGAGAAGAAAGUGACGUUUCAGGAUGAGACUAAAAAUGAAGCUCCGAAAGCUGACAAACCCAAACAGGAAGUCCAGGUGGCGGAGGAGAACGGCCCAGCGCCUGCGUCUCAGCCCGCAGUGUUGACGUGGAUCAGCAGCGCUUUGCCUCAACCUGCACUCUCACCGAAACUGAGCCGAGCCAACUCCACCACCAAGGAGGAAAACACAGCACCCAGAAAAGGGAUGAUCGCUUGGAUCGCUCAGGGUUUGGAGAAAGUCGUUCCGAAGCCUGAACUGAACAAGAAGGAAACAGCAGCAGAAGCAGCAGCAGCAGCAGCAGCAGCUGAGCCGCCGGCCGAGGUACAUCACAGUUACAGCACGACGAUGAUAGACUGGAUCAAACAGGGGAUAGAGAAGGUGGUUCCUCAGCCGGAGCUUCCUGUUCGUUCAAAGACAGAAGUCAGCGAGAAGACUGAAGCUCCUGCUGCGCCUAAAGCCGAGACUCCGGCACCAAAACCUGUUCCGGCACCAGAACCUCCUCCAGCCCCGAAACCUGCCCCGAAACCUGCCGACGACACACAGAAGUCUCCCAAAGAAGCAGAGCCGCAGCCCAAUAUGAUGGGAUGGAUCGUCAGUGAGAUCGGUCGUAUGUUACCUCAGCCUGUACAGAAGCAGGACUCGAGCAGCGAUGAGGUGCAGAACAUCAGCAUUGUACAAAAGAAAACAGACCUGGUGCUGGAGGACAUCGGACAGGAAGAGGUCAAGGAGGUCAAGCAGAAGGAGAAGGAGAAAGGAGAUGCAGAGACCCAGAUGGAUCAGAGUGCUCCACUGACGGUCAGCAUCAAGGAGGAGGUUGGAGGGGCUCUUCUGGCUCAAAUGGAGGAGAGACUGCAGCAGGGUCGUCUGGAGGCUGCCCGAAUUGCAGAGGAGAUGGCCAGGAAGGCAGCAGAGGAGGCGGUCCGACAGCUGGAGGUGGAGCAUUCGGCUAAGAUAGUCAUAGAAACGCUGCCAGAGUCCAACGAGCAACUGCCCAACAUCCUGGAGGAGGAAAACGAAGAUGACCCAGAGUUGCAGAACCUGCAGGAGGACAGUGACGACAGCACAGACAAUAAGUGUCCUGAAGAAAUUAAGAAAACAGCUGUGGAGGAAGAGAAUAAACCUGAUAAGACCAUGAUGGACGUCUGUCCGAUUGAAGACGAGGCCUCUCCCUCAUCAACAGACGUGGAACCAGCAUCCGAGAGGAGAGACCUGGAGAGUCCAGUCUCCCAAACCAUCACCCAGCAACCAGAGUCACAAGCUGAGGCACCACCAACCUCCACUACCACCACGGAUCAGGCCGCUGCAGCAGAGGGUGAAUGUAGAGCUCCGGUGCUGAGGGUGGAGGACGUGGAUCAGGAUGUGGAGCAGGAAAAAGGCCUGAACAUCCCCAAAAUUAUCACCACCUCAGAACCAGAGUUUAGAUCUCUGAGUGUCCCCAAUGUCCCUCUGUCAAAGCUCAGUCCCUCAGGUGACCUGUCUGCAGACGAGGAUGAUGAUGAGCUGUUGAAGAGCGGCCUGAAGACCUGGUCCAGUCAGGGAGACCUGCUGACUGCAGACAAUGAGAUCCGCCCUCUGUCAGCAGCCAGUGUCGGCAGCGUCGUGAUCCAGGACCGUCUCAGUGACCUUGUCAGGAUGUUUAGAGGUCGAACGGAGCGUCACAAAGAGCGGCUGGUGGACCCCGACGAGUCUGAGGAGGAGAGUCCUUCAGCCUCCCCGAGCAAAGCUCCACCUCCUCCUCCUCCUCCUCCUCCUCCACCAGAGGACAAGAAGGAUGACACCCCUGCAGCAGAAGAAGAAGAAGACGAGAAGGAGUAUGUGCUCCCUUUUGAACUUCUGGGACGUCCAGUGAAAAUUCCCAAACUGCCCAAACUUCCCCCAAUGCCCGACUGGCUCCGAGUCAUCCUUGAGUACCGCUUCCCCUCCAGCAUCGACCCGUUUGGUGAUCUGAUCUACGUGCUCUGGCUCUUCUGUGUGGUGGCAGCGUGGAACUGGAAUGUGUGGUUGAUCCCCGUCCGCUGGGCGUUUCCAUACCAAACCCCCGAGAACAUCCACCUGUGGCUGCUGGUGGACUACACCUGCGACCUCAUCUACAUCACCGACAUCCUCGUCUUCCAGCCCAGACUGCAGUUCGUCCGUGGAGGAGACAUCGUGUGUGAUAAAAAGGACAUGAGAGAAAACUACAUGACGACCGAGAGAUUUAAGAUGGACAUCAUCAGCCUGUUUCCUAUGGAGAUAUUUUACUAUUUCACUGGAGUGAACUCUCUGCUGAGAUUCCCUCGUCUGCUGAAGUACAUGGUGUUCUCUGAGUUCAACGACAGAAUGGAGGCUGUGAUGAAGAAGGCGUACAUCUACAGGGUGAUCCGAACCUCCACCUACCUGCUGUACUCUCUGCACAUCAACGCCUGUCUCUUUUACUGGGGCUCAGACUACGAAGGACUCGGAUCCACCAAGUGGGUUUACAAUGGAAAAGGCAACGCUUAUAUCCGCUGUUACUAUUUUGCCGUGAAGACGCUGAUCACCAUCGGAGGGCUGCCGGACCCCACCACUGUCUUUGAGAUCUGCUUCCAGCUCAUUAACUACUUUGUUGGCGUCUUUGCGUUCUCCAUCAUGAUCGGUCAGAUGAGAGACGUGUUCGGAGCUGCGACGGCCGGUGAGAACUACUACCGAGCCUGCAUGGACAGCACCAUCAAGUACAUGACCUCCUACAACAUCCCGCGAGAGGUCCAGAACCGCAUCAAGACCUGGUACGACUACACCUGGAAGAGCCAGGGCAUGCUGGAUGAACAGGAGCUGCUGGUGCAACUUCCUGCCAAGAUGAGGCUCGACAUCGCUGUGGACGUCAACUACUCCAUCGUCAGUAAAGUCGCCCUGUUUCAGGGCUGUGACCGACAGAUGGUGUUCGACAUGCUGACGAGGCUCAAAUCUGUGGUGUACCUGCCCGGAGACUUUGUCUGUAAAAAGGGGGAGAUCGGCAGGGAGAUGUACAUCAUUAAACAGGGGGAGGUUCAGGUGGUGGGCGGUCCCGACCUGCAGACGGUGUUCGUCACCAUCAGAGCCGGCUCGGUGUUCGGAGAGAUCAGUUUGCUGGCGGGAGGCGGAGGGAAUCGACGUACAGCUAACGUGAAGGCGCACGGAUUCGCCAACCUCUUCAUCCUGGAUAAGAAGGACCUGGCAGAGAUCUUGGUGCACUACCCCGAGUCCCAGAAACUCCUCCGCAAGAAGGCCAAGACGAUGCUGACGAAGGAUAAGAAGCCAGAUGAGAAGGCGGCAGGUAAAGAGGCGGUGCAGGUGAUCCCGCCCCGACCGGACACCCCUGAGAUGUUCAAGGCAGCACUGAAGGUGACGGAGCAGGUGGGAAUAGAGGGCGUCUUCUCCAAACUGAAGACAAGCUACAAACCGUCUGAGAGCUCAGCAGAGGUUCUUCCCUCCAUCUCUCCGGUCCCCCCUCCUUCUCCGAUGCACCGCCGCUCUCCGGUCCCUCUCACCGCGGUUCAGGACGAUGAUGACGCCGUGUCGGAGACGGCCGACAGUUCGGUGAUCAUCAGGAUGACGCCGCGACCACAGGGGGAGGAGGUGCUGACUGUGGAGGUGGCGCCUGGGGACGGAGAGGAGGAGAAGAAGGAGUGAGGAGACAGGAAGCUGUCGUCCUCUCAGGACUCAGUCGGCUUCCCAGAAUGCCUUUCAGCAGCCUCCGCAGAAGAGACGUGGGUUUCAGGUGGAGGUGGAGAGAAACACGACGGACCCCAGAGCAUCAUGGUCCCUGUCCUCCUCCUGCCAGCUCUGUUUCUUCUUCUCUGGUGGAUUCUCCGCACGUCCUCGUCCUCCUGGUGUUAGACACAUUUUAAAUCUGUGCAGAAGAAGAACUCUGAGAACAGUCACACACAUGAUGUCAUCUCAAAUGUUCCUCCUCUCUGGGUGCUUCUCAUUCGCUUUUUACUUGUCUCCUUGUUUCCUUCACUUGUUUCUUUUCCUCACGUCCCUCUGAAGGCCGUGAGGACGGACGCAGGAGGAAACAGGAAGUAGUGACCUGAGACGUCAGCUGUCAGUCGACUUUAACUCGUCUGUGAUGAACUGUACUGCAGAUAUUUAGAGAGGAUAAACUGCUGCUGUAAAGUUAUCGUACGACACGUAGAUCCAGUCAGACGAUCUGAUUGGUUAACUAGACAUUGAGAGCGUGCUCAGAUCAGUGUGAACGCAGCUGAAUAUAAAACCAGUCGGAUGGUUUCGUUGUUGAAUUUGAUUAAAAUCACCUUUAAUGAAAAUCAUAUCUGGUGUCGUUAGAUCGCUGUUAGCCGGCCCGAUGUUAAAGAACAGACCACAGAGGAAAUGUUUUUAAAAGCUAAACGCAG